AUGUCAUAUGAUCCACCAUGCUUAAUCAGCAAGGUUGAUUUCAAGGACACAGCUGAAGAGGCGUACAGUCGGAAAGAAUCGGUUGAAAAUAUUAAGCGUAAAAAAAUUUUACGUCUAAAAGAGGCGUAUCGUGGAAAAGAAUCGGUUGAUAAUAUUAAGCGUAAUAAAAUUUUACGUUUAAAAGAGGCGUAUCGUGAGAAAGAAUCGGUUGAAAAUAUUAAGCGUAAUAAAAUUUUACGUCUAAAAGAGGCGUAUCGUGGAAAAGAAUCGGUUGAAAAUAUUAAGCGUAAUAAAAUUUUACGUUUAAAAGAGGCGUAUCGUGAGAAAGAAUCGGUUAUAAAUAUUAAGCAUGUGUCGCCAGUUUUUACACCAAGCAGUCCUAGAAGAAGCGAAACCGAUUCAGUUUGUCCUGACGAGAAGAAAAACACUACUCCAACCGGUCCACAUCAAGUCAAUUUGAUUACUGCGAAAAAUAACAAUGACAGUGAUAAAGACGGUAGUGACACCUUUCUUGACAAUGACAGUUCUGGAAAAUUGCUUGAUAAAGAGAAAAUUAUUAACGACAGUUUCGAAAAAGAUAUAACUUCGAAAAGUAAAAACGAAAAGUUAACAGUACAAGAUAAUAAUAAAACGGACAGUAAAAAUAGUAAUAACGACAGUAACGAUAACACAAAACCAAACAAGUGCGAGUUGCACUCGCACUGA